CGAGUUUAAACGGCUUUGUUCAGAUUCUAAGUUCUUAAUAAUUUCAUUUUUGUCUGAAAUGAUUUUCUUGAGAUCACAUUGUUGGUGGUUCAAGAAGUCUGUCGAUUCAGUAAAUUCGUUCUUAAGUGUAUCUAGCAACUCUUCCUUUAGUUUGGGCAAGACCAGAUUUAUCUCACUUUUAAUCAUAGUUUUAACCUCUUCUCUAAGAAGACUUUUUAAAUUAUGCAUGAAUUUUGAAUCAGGUGCAAGCUUCGUAUCAAUCAAUGAACUUAUAUUAUUUAACAAUGAUUCAUUUAAGGUACCGCGUGGUGAACACUGUGGUGAGUUAUCAUAGGUGAACUCCGUUUUAUUUUUAUUAAUGUCUCCUUCAACUACUGGAGUCUCCAAGAUGUAGCUUGACCCUUUCUUACCACUCUGUUCGCAAUAAGUGCACCUCCAUUUGGCUUUAUUCAUAGGCAGAAUCUUAAAGAACUCAGUGUCACUCAUGGAGGCACACAGGGAGUGAAAAAUUCCAGUGCAAGUUUUGCAUUUCAGAUAAUUAUCUGUGUUUGUGUUUAUAGGUCUAGCACAUUCUUUGCAUUUCAUAUUGAAGUUAAGUUAAUUGUAAGAAUAACAAACCUCGUAAUACCAACAGGUUAAAAGUUCUCGUCCAAAAGGUCUUACACUUUUAACUUCACUCGUUCACUUUAGGCAAUGAUGAUAAUUUAGAUAUUUGAUACACUUUUACCAAUAUUUAAUAUGUAAAUGAAUUAAUUUUAUCAACUGUAUAUAUUGUUGAUGUGCACUAAACGAAUUUAACACUAAAACUCACUUUCAAAUUACACUUUUGUUGUACUACGUGUCACAAAGAUGUUAUGUUUGCUUACUUGAGGUGUUACCUUGACGGAAGCAAGAUGCGACGCGAUGUAUUGUCAUUGGUUCUUGAUAAGUGUGCAGUUUCAAUUCAAUCCAAUAUUUUACAAGUGGGUAAAGAUCAUGUUGAAAGUUUCAGUUACAUACUAACAUACGUAUGAAGCUAAUAAAAGCGUGUUAACAAGAAGAAGCCCGCUGAGUUUCUUCUCAAAUCUGAGACAUAAAAUUUUAAAUUAGUGGUUGUUUAUGACGUUCUAUAAGUGGAGCUGUGUCUGUAUCGUCGAUGUUCAGAGGCUGGCGGGCGGCGGCAACUGUCGGGCGGCGUGCUGGUGAGCACGUCCAUGGUGGCGGGCGCGGUGGCCGGCGCGCUCGCCAAGACUGCCAUCGCGCCGCUGGACCGCACCAAGAUCAUCUUCCAGAUAUCCAAUACGCCGUACACGUGGCGCGCGGCGUGGCAGUUCUUGACGAGCAGCGCGCGGCGCGAGGGCGUGACGUCACUGUGGCGCGGCAACAGCGCCACCAUGGCGCGCAUCGUGCCCUACGCCGCCGUGCAGUUUACCGCGCACGAGCAGUGGAAGCGGCUGCUGGGCGUCAACACGCCGGGCGCGCCGCUGCGGCACCUGGUGGCGGGCUCGCUGGCCGGCGUCACGUCGCAGAGCCUCACAUACCCGCUGGACCUGGCGCGCGCGCGCAUGGCCGUGGCUGACUACCGCUCGCUUCGCGUCGUGUUCAGCCGCGUGGUGCGCGAGGAGGGCGUCCUCACGCUCUAUAGAGGAUAUCCUGCCACCGUGCUUGGAGUGAUCCCCUAUGCAGGCGUGUCAUUCUUCACCUACGACUCGCUAAAACAUUGGUACUUAGAUUACUUUGAUGCAGCUCCAAACGGCGCCGUGAACGUGUUGUUCGGAGGCGCCGCGGGCGCGCUCGGUCAGACCGCGUCGUACCCGCUCGACAUCGUACGCCGCCGCAUGCAGACGGCGCCGCGCCGGCCCGACUGCACCUUCCCCUACCCCGACAUAGUGGCCGCGCUGCGACACAUAUACAGGACGGAGGGCGGCCGCGCCUUCUUCAAGGGGCUCAGCAUGAACUGGGUGAAGGGCCCCAUCGCGGUGGGCAUCUCGUUCGCGACCUAUGACCACAUCAAGGCCACGCUGCGGGACCUGGCGCUCACCCUGGCCUCGCGCGACGCCUUAUAGCUGGUGCUAUAAGGCGUCGCCAGCACGCCAGGAUAGGUACAAACAAUGUCCGACAUUUACCUCAACGAGGCUCCUUCUACGGGACAACUAUUGUUAUUGAAAUUAAAAAUAGAAUUUUACGACAUUCGAAAUAUAAUCAAAAAACUUAAUAUAAAAUAAUUUAAAUAAAAACAAAACUAACAAUAAUUAUUAUAAAACUUUAGGUACAGUUUAUGAAAUGAAAAAAUAUUGUAUUCUUUGAAAUUAAACAGGAAAAACUGUAUACAUACUGUAUAACUUGGGGUCAUGGUCCGAUAUUAGUGCCGCUACGCGACUGUCCACUGCAUAAUACCUGACGAUCGUACAACUAUAAUGUACAAAUAACAUAUUGUAUUGUUAAUAAUAGAGAUGUCGGAAAUGCAUUCAAAUGAAUUAAUUACUAAUAAUUCAGUUAUAAAAUAACAUUGUCUAACGAGUGCUUAAAGACUCUAGUUUCUAAAAUUUCGCCAAAGAAUUUUAAAAUGUCACGUUAUAAAAGUUAAAAUAUAAUGGUUAUAUGCGAGAGAAGUUUGAUCAAAAUACUUCAACGAAGUUAAGUUAUAUUAUUUGUUACGUCUGGACAAUCACUUGCUAAUAUUAUCAAUUAUUGUAUUUCUUGCACUGCUUGUUUGUACUAUACACACUUGCGAAAUGCUAAUGUGCGACCAUCAAUCAAAUUGUAUGUUUAGAAUUCAACCUUUUAAAGUGAAAACUUCUAUAGCAUCGUUGUGAUUUAAAAGUGGAUGAAAUGAAAAAGCGACAGUAAAAGAGAAAGCACAUUAAUUCAUAAGAUUUAAACUUGGGAGAAAAUCAGAUAAGAAGCAUUAUACAGUGUUGUGGUACCAGGCGAUUAUAGUUUAAGAAGAGAUAGUCUUGUGUAUGACGCGAGUAUAUAUAUAUAGUAUAUUAUAUAUAGUACCUUAAUAUAUUCUGACGCCAUGCUCACGACGUAUUACUAUAUAGACACCGGGAGAACAUAAAUAUGGUAGCGGUGAUAGUACCUAAUGUCUUUCAUAGUGGUUGAAAUCAUGUCUCAUUUAAGCAACAUGUACCAGGACUUCAUAUGCAGUUAACAGGUUCAUGCACAAUGCAGGUUUCACUUUUGACAUGUAUACUUUGUACGCACGCAAUUUUUUUUUAUAUCUUUCUUGUUUUCUAUAAUAUUAAUUGAUAAUAACGUUACAUUUGUCGUGUACGUCCACUUAUAUUGUUGUGUUGUUUGCUAUUGUUGUUUAUUGUUAUUUUUUGUAUUGAAAUAAGUAUUAAUGGUAAAAGUGAUUUAAUGGAUUAAACAGAGUUUCUAUCAGAUAUACUAUAUUAUUUUUUAUAAAAAAGGAAAAUACUUAUUAAUACAAUAAUUAAAAACUUAACCAUUACAACAUAUUGUAAGCUGUACCCGUGCGCGUACAUUCUAGUUGCGGGUGACGUCACUCGGGUGUCAAUAUGACGUCAUAGUUGGUGCGGGCGUGCUGGGCUGAAUGCGAUGUUGUUUUGUUGUCAUUGUUCCUUCCAUCAAAUAUAUACUAGAUUCAGCGUUCCGAAUCGUACCUAUAUCAGUGGGAGGCUCCUUUGUACAGGAUGCCUAUUACUAGAUUACGGGUACCACAACGGCGCCUAUUUCUGCUGUGCAGCAGUAAUAUGUAAGCAUUAUUGUGUUUCGGUCUGAAGGGGCUCCGUAGCUACUGAAAUUGCUGGGCAAAUGAGACUUGACAUUUUAUAUCUCAAGGUGACGAACGCAAUUAUAGUGCCGCUUAGAACUUUUGGGUUUUACAAGAACUCUGACCGACGCUGCAUUGUAAUGGGCAGGGCGUAUCAAUUAGCAUCAGUCCUGCGUACGUACUGCGUACGUCCUGCUCAUCUCGUCCCUUAUUGUCUAUAAAAAAGUAGCUAUAUGUCAUUAAAUCAACUUAAUCAAUAACCCUAGCACGGCCCUUCUCGGAAAUGCAAAAUUGUUCUAAAAGUAUUUAGAUUAAAAUCAACUUUAUUAGUGUCUAUUAAAGUUUAGUUUCGCCUUGUGCGUAAUGAACAUUGGGCUUGUCGCUCCGUACUGACUGACAGAGUUGACAGAGAUGUUGACUUGUUUGAUGCGACGCCAACGUGUGGUGAAGUUAUUCGUUUAUCGAAGUCUCUCCAAACAAUUGAAAUAUUUAUGAAUGUUGAUUAUUAAGUAAUGUACAUAUAACUGACAUGUACUUACUAAAACAAAUAAACUUGUUCUGAAACGUCACUAUUACGACGGUUAUUACCGCAGCUCUUAAAAGCACAAAGUGUUUGUGGUUGUACCUUACUAAUCCCUGUAUAAAUGAGAAUGUAAGUUUGUUUGUUGUUGUACGCUUUUACGCCUAAGCCACUGAACCGAUUUUGAUUAAAUUUGUUACAGCGCUAGAUUAGAACUUGAGAAAGGACAUAGGCUACAUUAGGAAAAAUCCAUGGUUCCCGUGGGAUUUGUGAAAAACUGAAAUUCACGAUGUUGACGUUCGAUGAGCUAGAACUAUACCUAUAGUAGCUUUAAAUUUGCCAUGGCAAUGUUCCUCGAAAUAAGUUUCAUUUAUUAUGUUGGGAACGGGAGCGAAAACGGGAACCAGAACUGGAAUAGGACAUGAGAUAAUGUUCAAUUCCAAACUUGCUUAUUAUUUUUAAAAGCCCAUUAUUUACGCGGACAAAGUCGCGUGCAUCAGCUUGUAAGAAAUAUGUUCGUUUGUAAUGUGAUUGAUAUUUGAUGGAAGGAUCGGUCAGUGACCUUGUCUAUUAUGAUAUAUUGGUGAUUAUUAAGAUAUAUAUUAAAUAUUAACUAGUUUAGAGUUUUGUGUAUGGAGACUUUUAUAAUAAUUAUUUUUAUAUCUAACUCGGGUUCGGUAAUGUAACGGGGAAUCUCGACAAUAAUGUAAUUUACUUUACCUUAACGAGUUAACUUGGAUCAAACAUUGUGGAAACCGUCUCCGUGACGCUCCCCAAUGAUCACCAGGAAUAAUUAAUGUUACUACUACUAGUAAAGUAAGGUCAUUGGUCAAUAUAUUAACACCGGUAACUAUGUUGAUAACAGUAGUACUAACUAGUGUAUUUGAAUAUAAUAUGAAUAUGUAAUUAACGAAAAUAAACUUUAUUUAUUUACAAGGAUUUCAACGUAUUGUGUGCUUUACAGCCUGCUUGGUCACGACUGCUGAUUGUCCAAACUGUUCCUAGCUUAGAGUUUUUCAGAUCAAAUCAAAAUUAUUUAUGUAGGUUAAGGAAAUGAUACUUACGUAUGUCUUUAUUACAUUUAGUACUACUUCGGUAAAGGUUGAGCUUUAAUGAGAUGGCAAUAAGAGAUAUUUACUAUCCCAUAGGUGGUAUUUUCGGUGCAAUUAAUUAAUAGGUGCUUAUUUCUGUAGAGUAAGUUAUUCUAUAAGGGUGUUAAAAAAUCUUGUACUGUAUCUUGAGGUGUAUAGUGGUAUAAAGUAGUGAGAACAAACAAAUAUUAAUUUUCAGGAAAUAGCACAUUAAAAAGGAAAACAACGAUUAUAAAUAUAACCAAUUAUAAAAGGGUGGCAGUUCUGCAGCUAUUUACUUAUUUUUCAACGCCCACCCACCUAUUUCAUUCAUGUGCCAUGCGAAGGCUGCGCGGGUGACGCGUCGGCAACAACGAUUGGACCGAGGUCAGGGCGAUGACCGUAGUUUACUCAUAAAACAAAUGAGUCAGAGUCUCUCAAGAUCUUUGAAACCAUUUAAUAUGAAAUGUUCUUUUUACUGUAGCAUUUAAUGUAAGGUGUUUUGAUAUUUUAGUUUAUUUUUAUUUAUUUGUCUCCGCAUUGUACUACAUAUCCGAGACAAUUAUCGUACAGGACUUUUUUAACACGUUUUUAUAUAUGUAUGUGAUCGACAUUUGAACAUUGAUAUGAUAUUAUAAUAACCAAACUGUUAAUUAUUAUUAUUUAUAUUAAAAAAAAAAUUAUAAACAAAAAUUAUUUAUAUAAUUAUGUAGCUAUAAUUUCAAGGUAUAUAUAAAUAUCUGGUAAUGAAAUUUGAAUCUAGUAAGAUUCAAAAAGGCAGUAGUCCUAACAUAACAUUCAGUGCACAAAGCUGUCUAACCCUAAAAAAAGUUAUGAGUAAAGCUCGCCGCUUGAUUAAAUAUUAUGAGAAUUAAAAAAAAAAACUUGACCAAAUAUUCAAAAUUACAAUAUAUAUAUAUUGUGAUAUCAAAAUAUUAAUUUUUUCGUAUUGUUGCUACAUUUGCGUGUUAUAAGUAUUAUUUUAAUCGCGGGGUUAUGAACGUACUUACUGUCUGAGCGAUCGAUCACUACAUAGAGGAUGUUAAUACUAGUUUUGAAUGAAACGUGCAGUGAUUUGACAUAAGUUUGAUAUAGUAGUGAUUACAGUAUCGUUUUUAGAUAUACAUCUAUAUAGUUUGGUAGUUUAAUUUUAUGAACAUUUUUUAGGAAAAUUUUUGUCUACCUGGAUGAUAUAAUUGAUUUUUGUCGUGGCUUUUUUAGGUGUUUUCAUUCAGGUUUAUUGUAUAUUAUUAUUAUUAACUGACACUAAAAAGUAAACAUUAAAAAAAACUACGUUUUAAAAAAACCGACUUCAAAAUCUAAAAGUAUCAAAUAAUUAAAAAUUACCCCUUAUGCAAACAUUUACCUUUAAAUAUUUAUAAAAUACUAUUAUUUAUAUGUGGUACAUAUUGAUAGAUUUGAAGUCGGUGUCAAGCCAAAUGUAAUAGUAGGUACUAGGUACCUACACUCGCCACGCGUGACUUUGAGCAGGAUAGCUUAGUCUAGACUCUAGAACAAAACAACCCAAGCGGACAGACACGCGUGGCCAGACAACUUUAAUAAUUACAGUAAGUAAGCUGUUUAUAAUAUUAAGUUUCAUUUUGUUUAGGGCUUGGCACCGACUUAAAACAAUAUAAAUAUUGGAUUUACUUACAUAUUCUGUGUUAAUAAGUGUAAUUGGUUAUAGGCUGUUCUUGUUAACAAUAAAUAAAUAAAUAAUAGUAUUUUAAUAAUAUUGAAGGUUGUUAACAGGUGUAUUAAAUUAAAUUUUUAGUUAUUUGACAAUUUUCAGUUUUUGAAGUCGGUUUUCUAAAACGUAGUUUUUUUAUUUUUUUUACUUAGAGUUUCCCUAGGCUUUAUCAGUAAUGAAUUAAAAGUGCAUAAAAUGUUAUGUAGUGACAGAGAGGACAAGAGUUCCAUAUAUUAGUGGCUUGAAGCACAAAUGUUUGAUGUCACAAUAGUGAUUUGGUUUCUAUCUUGUGAGGGACAUGUUCGUACAUCAUCUAUAGAGCGUCGUUGAUGAACCACAUUGUAACCAGCUGACAAUAAUUUAUACAAAAACUUAAAGUAAGAGUUUUGUAUAUAGUGAGGUACACAAUACAGUCAAUUUAUAUGUGCAUGCUGUUAUAUAAUAAAUGUUUAAUAAUAUA